AUGGUAGCUGCCCAAAAGUUUAACAUGAAGCAGAUUUAUGAUGUCUUGAUAGAAGAGAGUCCCAAGGUGUCGUGGAGAUAUUUGUUGCAUAGGAACUUGGCAAGACCGAGGGCCCUGUUCACUACUUGGAUGUUGUGUCAUGGGAGACUCCCCACUAAAGACCGACUCACUAAGCUGGGAUUUAUUCAGGAUACUGUUUGUAGUAUUUGUCAAAAUGAUGCUGAAACCACUGCUCAUCUGUUUUUCAAUUGCAGGAGGUUGAAGGAGAUUUGGCAAGCUAUUCUUGAUUGGAUAGAAGUUACUCAUACUCCACAAGAGCUGACGAGAGAAUUACAUUGGUUACUUCAAUCCAUCAGCAAGAAGGGAUGGAAAGCUAAGAUCCUGAAACUUGCUUUUUCGGAAACGAUCUAUAGUCUUUGGCAAUUGCGGAACGCUACUGUUUUCGACUCCUCCUACAAGGAAAACACUAUCAACUCUAUUGUUAAUAGUAUUACCUAUAGAGGAUGGAAGGAUAAGAGCAUUAGAAAACACCUAGCAAGAUUGAUGAUGUAG